GAUGACGCACGCACCGUGUUUGCUCCAGAGCGUAUGACCAGGUGCAGUGAGGACCGGUGAAUCAAGCCACGGCACUAUGCCGAUACCGAGCAAAGAUGAUAAGGAGGGAAGCAAAGCUGAGGCUCAAGCCUUGCUUCUGUCAAACAGUCGAUGAAGGAAUCGUGACUGGACGGUGAUGGAGGUGUGCAUCACCACGAGAGCUCGUCGAUACGUGGCCGUGCACGAGACGCGGCUCUUCUCAGCACCUCUUUCUCUUCUCUCACGCACCCCGAGCAAACUUCACGUGCGGGCGCGCAUCAUGGGACCGCCUGUACCCACCCACGCGCAAGCGCGCAACGCGGAGCAAGCUGCUGCUGUGCACGCACGCACGCACUCAAGACUCAUGACUGAGCUUGCCUGCAUCCUCGCUCGACUUCGCGUCGCAAAAAGGAGCCCAUCACAUGCACAUCGUAAGAGUCGUCCACCGAGAAGACAUAUCCAGCGAUCAUGGCUGUGUAGGCGCACCAAGCGCUACCAUCGAUGCUGCCUUUGAACACAGAACAGGAUUCCCGCAGGGCUAUCGUCUACCGAAUGCAACACUGGUGGAAAUUUUGAAUGGCAGCUCAGCUGCACCCAGACGUAGAUCGCGCACAAAGACUGAUCAAGUGGUCAAAUGCACGCAUGAGCGCAUAUUCUCUCGAGCAUCCACUUUUCGCAGGAGAAGCGAUGUGCACGCAGAAGCAUCCAAAGAAUUAAGGGCGAGCGACAUGAUGGAUCUGAAACAAAGAGGCAGUAAUGAUCACCUCGGCGCAUGUCCAUUCCACUGCUGUCCAUAUCCAGCCCCAUGAUGUCCUGGAUGCGGCGUCUGACCAACAUUUGUGUGAUGCUCGUUUGGAAACAGACCUCCAGCCUGAUGAGGACUGUAUCCCUGCAAAUCCCGUUGCAACGUCGAGUGUCCAUUUUGAUGCGGAGCGUGAGGCCAAUAGCCUUGCUGAGCAGCAGCAGCACCCGGUUGCUGAUUCGCCUGGAAGUACGCGCCCGACGAGCUUUGCUGCGCUCCUGCCUGAUACACAUUUUGUU